AGAAGGAAAGAAAGCUAACCCAUAAUGGCAAAGGCAAAUCAUAAGCUAAAACACAUAGCUCUACUAACCUGCCUUGUGGUUAGUGGCAUGAUCAAUGGGUCUAAAGCAGGCAUAAUCUCGGUCUACUGGGGUCAGGAUGGGAAUGAGGGGAGCUUGGCUGAUGCUUGCUCCUCAGGCAAUUAUGGCAUUGUGAACAUAGCCUUCUUGGUUAGUUUUGGCAAUGGCCAGAAUCCAGGACUCAAUCUUGCGGGUCACUGUGACCCAUCAGCUCCUGGUAAUUGUGCCAGGUUUGGUGAUGAGAUCAAAGCUUGCCAAAGUCAAGGAGUUAAGGUCAUGCUCUCUCUUGGUGGUGCUAGUGGCGGCUACUCCCUUUCUUCUGCUGAAGAUGCUAGGCAAGUUGCGACUUAUCUAUGGAACACAUACCUUGGAGGUCAACCAGGAACAGGUCCAUUUGGCGAUGCAGUGUUAGAUGGCAUUGAUUUUGACAUAGAGGGAGGCACAACACAGCACUGGGACGAGCUGGCCAGAGCCUUAUCAGCAUUUAGCCAGCAGAGAAAGAUUUACUUAUCGGCAGCUCCGCAGUGUCCAUUCCCCGAUGCUUGGCUCAACGGAGCGAUACAAACAGGCUUGUUCGAUUUUGUCUGGGUUCAAUUCUAUAACAAUCCUCCUUGUGAAUAUGAUGGCAAUGUUGACAAUUUCAAAGCUGCUUGGAAUCAGUGGACAUCAACUCAGGCUGGACAAGUAUUUUUAGGGCUCCCUGCUUCUAAUGAGGCUGCUGGAAGUGGGUUUAUAUCUCCUGACGUGCUUGCUUCUCAAGUUCUGCCUGACAUAAAGACUUCUUCUAAAUAUGGUGGUGUUAUGCUUUGGUCAAGGCAAUAUGACAAUGGCUAUAGUUCAGCUAUUAAGCCCAGUGUUUGAAGGUUGAACCACUUGGGUCUAUCACUUCCAGCUCUACAGGCUGUGUAAUAAACUAUACGGAUUACAGUAAAA